AUGCUGUUAACUGAAGCAAAUCAGACUUCUGAAGUCACCUUCAUCCUCCUGGGCUUCUCAGAAUACCCAGACCUCCAGGUGCCCCUGUUCCUGGUGUUCCUGAUCAUCUACACAGUCACAGUGGUGGGGAAUCUGGGCAUGAUCCUGACUAUCAGGAUCAAUCCCAAACUUCAAACCCCUAUGUACUUUUUUCUCAGUCACUUGUCUUUUAUUGAUUUCUGUUACUCCACUACGGUGACCCCCAAACUUCUGGAGAACCUGAUUGUGGAAGACAGAACCAUCUCUUUUGCAGGAUGCAUCACACAAUUCCUCUGGGCUUGUAUAUUUGUAGUAGCCGAAACAUUCAUGUUGGCAGUGAUGGCCUAUGACCGAUUCGUGGCGGUUUGUCACCCUCUCCUCUAUACAGUCAUCAUGUCCCAGAAGCUGUGUGCAUCAUUAGUGGCUGGGACCUACACAUGGGGUAUAGUUUCUUCUGUGACACUCACCUGUUUUGUCUUGGCAUUAUCCUUCUGUGGGUCUAAUAUCAUCAACAAUUUUGUCUGUGAGCACUCUGCCAUCGUCUCUGUCUCCUGUUCAGACCCCUCUGUCAGCCAAAUGCUUUGUUUCGUCAUUGCCAUAUUUGAUGAGGUAAGCAGCCUCUGUAUCAUCCUCAGUACUUAUAUUUUUAUCUUUGUCACUGUCAUGAAAAUGCCCUCCACCGGUGGACGCCAAAAAGCCUUCUCAACCUGUGCCUCCCAUCUGACUGCCAUCACCAUUUUUCACGGGACUGUCUUGUUCCUUUAUUGUGUACCCAAUUCCAAAAACUCAUGGCUCACAGUCAAAGUAGGUUCUGUAUUUUAUACAGUGGUCAUCCCCAUGCUGAACCCCUUGAUCUACAGCCUCAGGAACAAAGAUGUGAAGGAGAGUUUUAGGAAGUUAAUGAAUCACCUCACACUAUGCUGUUGA